AUGAUCAGUGAUAUCACCAAGAUUCUUCAAGAAGCACCAGCUCCCGAGCUAAUCACUUCCGACACCAGCAGCAGUACUAGAGUGGCCACUAAGAAUAGUAGUAGUACAAGUACCCUCCUCAGCUCUACUAGCAGUGCAGCCGCCACCAUCAGCACCACCAAACACCCACAAGAAGAGUUCACGCUGAGAGAGAAACUAGGCCCUAUUUUCAGUUUAUUGACCUUCGAUCCCAAGAAGGUGACCAACUGGGCUCAUGUGUUGCACUAG